UCUCUCUCAAGUCUCAACCGGUAUAAACUUGUUUCUUUUCUUUUUGGUUUCCGGCCAUAUUCUGUGAGCGCCGGCGACAGAAACAGCCCCUUUACCACUCUCUACUUCUCUCCCGCUCUUCAUCUUCCUCUCAAAUUUCUCACUAACUCACACCAUCUUCACUCCGGCCACACAAUCGGCCCUUUUUGUGUUUUUUUCCCCUUCCUUUUCCGGUAAAUGGUUUGUCCGGCGGCCUCUUGAGAAGAGGUCCGGCGAGAAUGCGGUCCGAGAGAUCGAAACCUCUCCACAAUUUCAUGCUGCCGUGUCUCAAGUGGGGGAAUCAGAAGCACUUGAGGUGCAUGAAGGUGAAUUCUAAUGGCGUACAGGUUACCGGCGUGAAUCAGCAAUCCCACUCCUCGAGAUCGGAGGAGUCCACCGACAGUAGGAGUCGGGAAUCGGGGUCGGAGAUGCGGAUGUUCUUGAAGGAUUUGGAGAUGAGACGGACGAGAGUUUCGAAAUCGAGAAUCAAGAAAAGCGACGACGACGAUGGGAUCGAGGCGGUCAGGGAGAAGCUAAUGUUUGAUCUGAAGACCGCGGCGGAUAAAAUGAAGGAGGCGAUUUUGAGUAAGGAGGCGGCGGUGGCUCGGGUGGAAGCGGAGGAGAAGAACAGCGAUUCUGCGGUGAUGGAAGAGGCGCCGGCAGUUGCGUUGUCGAUGGCGGAUUCCAGACCUUGGAACCUCAGGACCAGGAGAGCCGCUUGCAAGGCUCCGAAUUCCGACGGCGGAGGAAGUAAGACUUUGAAGAUUGAUGAGAAGAAAUCAAAUUCCGAUUCCCCGUUGCGAAGCGACGGUGGCGCCAAGUCCCCGAGGCUGAAAAUUGGGCCGGAGAAGAAGAAGAAGGUCAAAUUGGUAGUGCCGCUCUCGAAGAGAGAGAUCGAUGAAGAUUUCAUGGAAAUGGUGGGGCUCAGACCACCGAGGCGGCCCAAGAAGAGGACCAGAAUCGUACAGAAGCAAUUAGAUACGCUUUUCCCUGGGUUAUGGCUGUCGGAGAUCACGGCUGAUUUGUACAAGGUCCCUGAAUUACCUGAAAACGGCAAGGUGAUGAAGGGUUGAAGUUCUACUUCUUUGUGAAGAUUCAAAAGACUCUCUUCUCGUUCCUAUGCUGACUCCGAGUAAUUCAUGAGGUUGAUUGGGAGUUUGAUACCAACCACUGUUGAAUCCCACCCAAUAACUCUGCGGUGUAUGAUCCUCCUCUACUUUCAAAUGCUAAUUUUUGUUCAUAAAUUAAUUCGAUAUCGCUUUUGCUAGUCGUGGAAUAAUUCACAAAGAAUAGGAUUGGUGGAGUUUGGAAUUGGAUAAAAGGACAUUUUCUUCAAUGAUCUUGAGUGAUAUAAUGUCUUGUGGAAAGCCUUGUGUAGCAUACUGUUAUCAUCAUGUGAGAAUAUCAAACAGCUGUGCUUGAAUAUUGAUGCA